CCCAACUCGGCGGCGGCGGCGGCGGCGGCAACCCGGCCUCAACCUCGCGUGCGCAACUCUUUCUCUCUCUCACACACACACACACUCACAUAGACACACACACCCCGAGACGCACGCAGCGCAGUCAGGCAGUGGCACUCGCAGCGCAGCCACGGCCGCUCCACCAGGCAUGGCACAGGGCUCUCCCUCACUAUGGCAGCCGCGCGACACAGCACUCUCGACUUCCUGCUCAGCGCCACAGCUGACUGUAAUGCCGUUUUUAAAAGUCUACAGCCCAUCUUCCAAAAGCAGGGAAUGACAGAGACAUUCUGUCACAAUUGGGAAGACCAUGGUUACCUAGCAACAUACGUUAAUAAAAAUGGCAGUUUUGCCAAUCUGAGAAUUUAUCCCCAUGGGUUGGUGUUGGUUGAUGUACAAAACUACAGUGAUUUGAAUGGAAGAGAAGAAACAGAACAGCUUUUAAACAAGGUAGAAGAAAGAAUGAAAGAACUGUUUCACGGAAAUAUCAAAAGGGUAAAAAGGUUACCAGGCAUUGUGAGAGGAGAUGCCAUUGAUAGAUACUGGCCUACAGCAGAUGGACGAUUGGUGGAAUAUGACAUAGAUGAAGUUGUCUAUGAUGAAGAAUCAGCUUACCAGAAUAUUAAAAUAUUACACUCAAAACAAUUUGGAAAUAUUCUUAUCCUCAGUGGGGAUGUUAAUUUGGCAGAGAGUGAUUUGGCAUAUACUCAAGCUAUAAUGGGCAGUGGGAAAGAAGACUACACUGACAAAGAAGUACUUAUUCUUGGAGGUGGUGAUGGGGGAAUAUUGUAUGAAAUAGUCAAACUGAAACCAAAGAUGGUCACCAUGGUAGAGAUUGACCAAAUGGUGAUUGACGGGUGCCGGAAAUACAUGCGCAAAACCUGUGGAGAUGUCUUGGACAAUCUGAAGGGAGAAUGCUAUCAGGUUCUAAUUGAAGAUUGUAUUCCAGUAUUGAAGAGGUAUGCCAAAGAAGAAAGGAUGUUUGAUUAUGUAAUUAAUGACUUGACAGCUGUUCCAAUCUCCACAUCUCCAGAAGAAGAUUCCACAUGGGAGUUUCUGCGGAUGAUUUUAGACCUUUCAAUGAAAGUCUUGAAACCUGAUGGAAAAUACUUCACGCAGGGAAAUUGUGUCAAUCUGACUGAAGCCUUGACUCUGUACGAAGAACAACUUGGCAGGCUUUACUGUCCUGUGGAAUUCUCAAAGGAAGUUGUAUGUGUCCCUUCAUAUAUGGAACUAUGGGUAUUUUAUACUAUUUGGAAGAAGUCUGAGGUUUGAAGCUCAUGGUCCACUGGCCACACAUGCCACAUGAAGCGUGCAAGCUUGCCACAUGUUUUGUCUUGGCAUCUUGAAUCUUUAAAUUAUAUGCUGUAGAUGAUCCUGAAACAUAGUCAUGCAAUUGAUUUGUGAAUUCUUUAAAAUGUUUUUUUAAUUAUUAUUUUAAUUUAAAAGCAAAUGGAAAAUGUAUAUUUUGAUGAGCUAUGGUAUUUUUUUUGAACGUCAACUUAGAUUACUUAGCAGCGAGGCUAUAGCUGCUGAAUGCACUGAACCUUUAAAAUGUGAUCAUUUUUAUUUUUAUUUAGAUUUUUGAAUGCCAGUUUUAAAAGAUAAAUUUAG